CUUUCCUCAACUGGAACCUGGGCGUCACUCUCCACCGUGGACCUGGUGUGGCGGUGGUCUGGACUCAAAUCACACGCUAAGACUCCCCUUCUAGAAGACGAGCGAUGGCUGGUUGGCUCGUCUGUGCCGCUUUGCUCGGAUUUGUGGCGUCGGCGCGCAGCAUAGCGACUGAGGACUUUUUCCCUUUCGGUCCAAGCGCAGGAGACCAGUUACUGGAGGCAGGCAAUGACCAGACCCACAGACUUGAACUGGAGAAGCCAGUCUUGUUUUAUGACGGCACUUUUGACAGCAUCUUUAUCAACACCAACGGUUUUGUUGCCACGGCGGAACCCAAAAGCGAGUCGACUUAUCUUGGAAAAAUGCCAGCACAAUUUGGAAUGAUCGCAGCUCUCCAUGGAGAUCUGGACACGAGCGACGCUGUGGGCAAGGUUUUCUUCCGUCAAGACAGCAGCCCGGAUGUGUUGCGGCGAGCCGCGGAGCACAUCAACAGAGCAUUCCCGGAUGACAAAGAAGUCAGUCCCACCCAUGCUGUGGUGAUCACCUGGGUAGACGUCGCCCGCAGUGAACAUCAAAGCAGAGGAGAUAGCGUCGACCAGAAAAGGAAUACCUUCCAACUGGUCAUUACAUCACUGGAGACGGCUUCCAAUGCUAUACUGCUGUACCCCAGAGAUGGUAUACAGUACACCACCAGUCCUGUAAAAGACACCAGUGUCAUCUUGCAUGCCGGAUUCAGUAAAGGCUUGGUCCAGGGUUUCCUGUUUUCCAGUCAGGGUCCAUACUACCGCACCACCGCUGAUGAUGACGCAUCCAUCAGCGCUUUAGCUGAGCAAACCAACUCAGGCCUGAGGGGUGUUUGGGUGUACGAGAUUGGAACUUCUCCGUAUUUUACCAACGUGGCUCCAGGUGAGGUGAGUGACCUGCCCACUGAGGCUGCUCCUCACGUGUCCACUGAUGUCCCCGAAGAAGCCCCCAUUGACAGGCGGAUUUUUACUAAUGGACAACAAGUCGAAUACCCUCCUUUUGAGCCUGAAGGGGAGGAGAUUGAUGUCCAACCCGUUCAGUACCAGCCACACCAACCUGAUAACCCUGAAGUGGUAGUGGUGGUAGACGACACUGACAUAAAUGUAGAUGUGUUUGCAUACAACCUCGGGACCUGCGCAAACAACAGAAACAAAUGUUCUCAGUUUGCUGACUGCAGGGACCACUCCAGUGGGUACUGCUGCCACUGCAGACCUGGUUUCUACGGCAAUGGGAUACAGUGUGUGGCGGAUGGAAAGCCUCAGAGGAUGAACGGUAAAGUUCACGGUCAGGUGUAUGUGGGCAAUUCCCCCACGCCAGAGAGGUUCAACGGCAACGAUCUGCACUCGUACGUGGUGGUGAACGAUGGACGCUCCUAUGUGGCCAUCAGUGACAUCCCUCAUAGCCUCGGCCCCUCCCUGCUGCCACUGUCAGCCAUGGGCGGUGUGAUUGGAUGGGCCUUUGCUCUGGAGCAGCCCGGCUUCAAGAACGGCUUCAGCAUCAUUGGGGGAGUGUUCACACGGCAGGCUGAGGUCACCUUUCUGCCUGGGAACGAAAAGCUGACUAUCAGGCAGGAGUUUAAAGGCAUCGAUGAACACGACCACCUUGCGGUGAGCACUACCCUGGAGGGCAGAGUCCCUGAGGUGCCUCGUGACUCCACCGUGCAGGUUGAACCAUACUCUGAGAUCUACCAGUACAGCAACAACUUGAUCACCUCAUCCUCUACUCGGAACUAUGCGGUGAACUUGCCCGAUGGCUCCACUGAGACGAGGACGUAUCAGUGGCGUCAGACCAUCUCCUUCCAAGGUUGCCAGCAUGACGAGUCUCUGAGAGAUAUGCGACCCACGCAGAUGCUCAGCGUGGACCAGGUCUUUGUCAUGUACGACCCCAAUAAUGAACUCAUCCGCUUCGCCAUGAGCAACAAGAUAGGAGACAUCAACGGAGGACAGCCUGAGGAGAACCCGUGUUUCACUGGAAGACACGGCUGUGAUACUAAUGCUGUUUGUCGACCCGGAGACGGGACGCAGUUCACCUGCCAGUGUGCUGCUGGCUUUAAUGGUGAUGGACGCACAUGUUAUGACAUUGAUGAGUGCAGAGAGAAUCCUCAGAUCUGUGGCUCACACGCUAUCUGCAACAACCAGCCUGGCAUCUUCCGCUGUGAAUGCGAAGACGGAUACCAGUUUGGCAAUGAUGGGCAGACGUGUGUUGAGGUUAGCCGACCCGUGGACGCGUGUGAAGAGGGCACCCAUACCUGUGACAUUCCUGAGCGUGCUCAGUGUAGCUACACGGGAGGCUCUUCCUACAUCUGCUCUUGCCUUCCAGGAUUCAUAGGCGAUGGAAGAGUCUGCCAAGACUUAGACGAGUGCCAGCCCGGCAGAUGCCACCAGGACGCCGUGUGCUACAACACCCAGGGGUCCUUCACCUGCCAGUGUCGGCCGGGUUACUACGGCGACGGCUUUUACUGCUCUCCAGAGAGGACAAAAACACAAUGCGAGAACCACAGAGACAGUCUUCUGGGUGCGACUGAGUUUGGCCCAAGGGGUCCACGGCCACCUGUGGGCCAGUACAUCCCCACCUGUGAUGAGGAUGGCAACUAUGAACCCAUGCAGUGCCACGGCAGCACAGGACACUGCUGGUGUGUGGACCGAAACGGUCAGGAGAUCCCAGGGACUCGCUCUGGGCCCGGCAGUAGACCCAUGUGCAUUGACCAUGGUGGAGUGAAACCACCUGUCGGACCCACCCCUCGACCUGACGUCCACCCUCUGCCUCCUGGAACACACCUGUUGUACGCUCAGAGUGGCCGAAUCGAGCAUGUCCCGCUGGAAGGUUACGAUAUGAAGAAAGACGAUGCCAAGACCGUCCUUCAUCUACCUGAGAAAGUGGUCAUUGGAGUGGCCUACGACUGCGUGGACAAGAUGAUCUACUGGACCGAGAUCACAUCUCCAUCAAUCAGCAAGGCCAGCAUGCAGGGUGGAGAUCCUGUGGUGGUUAUUAGAUCAGAUUUGCACAGCCCAGAGGGGAUCGCAAUUGACCAUCUGGGACGAACCAUGUUCUGGACGGAUUCCGUGAAGGAUCACAUCGAGGUGGCCUCGCUUGAUGGUUCUCAGCGACGUGUCAUCAUAAACUCAGAUCUUGUCAACCCUCGUGCUAUUAUCACUGAUCCCCCUAAUGGUAAUCUCUACUGGGCCGACUGGAACCGAGAGGCUCCCAAGAUUGAGACCUCCUACAUGGACGGAUCCAACAGGCGUGUGCUGAUUAAGGAUGAUCUUGGUCUGCCUAACGGCUUGACCUUUGACUAUCAAAGCUCUCUGCUUUGUUGGGCAGAUGCUGGCACACAUAAAAUGGAGUGUAUCCAUCCUGGCCGAGGAGAUCGCAGACAGAUCAUGGAGGGCAUUCGGUAUCCGUUUGGGGUCACGUCUUUUGGGAAGAACGUCUACUACACUGACUGGCGAAGGGACGCUGUGGUUGCAGUGGACCGCUAUACCGGCAAGGAGUCUGAUGAGUUCCAGCCUCAGAAACGUUCCAAGUUAUACGGGAUCACCACAGCCUAUGUGCAGUGUCCUUCAGGACACAACUACUGUGCGGUGAACAACGGCGGCUGUACACACCUCUGCUUAGCAACACCAAACGGCCGCUCCUGCAAAUGCCCCGACAAUGCAUUUGAAGUAGGCUGUGUAGAGAGAGACAGCGGGUACUAAAACGUGGCAGCAAAUGAAGAACCACUCAACGUUACUUAGCUGGAAAAUGCCACUGAAAGCCUGAAUUUACUGUGCCUUUUCUUGCUCAUUUGUUAUUCUUAUCUGCAUUUUUACAUUAUAAAACAGAAUUGUAAAUAUAAACACUAUUAUGUUGACAUUUUUCCCCGAGUGCAACUGAGGAUCAACUCAAGGGACUAGUAAUUUAAUGGUAAAUUAUAGCAACACAUGACACCAUCUCACGUUGGCUGUGGCUUGCUUGGAUUAUUGUCAGGUCUCGGCACUGAAGUUCCUGUACAAGCCUUAGGGAUGAGUUUACAUGGUGGGCAACAAAUGAAUAAACACUUUUUUUUCUAACA